AUGUUAAGAUCCCAGUUCAAAAACAUUUUGAAAAAUGUUAACAAGAACCAUUCUCUAAGGAGAACUUUUACUUCCAGCACCUCAAAGGCUGGAAAAAAUGCUUCAUACAAUGCAAAGAUUAUAUCUGCAACCGUGGCCUCGAUUGUUGCAGCAGCUGGCUCUUAUAUGUUGGUCCAGCCUUCACUAGCUAAUGAUGAGGCACAGUCUGCUAAUCCAACUAGGAAGAUCUCUGUUGACGAAUUUGUUAAACACAACCAUGCCGAUGAUUGUUGGAUCACUGUUAACGGUAACGUCUAUGACUUGACUGAUUUCAUUUCAAUGCAUCCAGGUGGUACUACCCCAUUGAUUCAAAAUGCAGGUCACGACGCAACUGAAAUUUACAACAAGAUUCAUCCAAAGGGUACAAUCGAGAACUUCUUACCAAAGGAAAAGCAAUUGGGUGUUUUGGAUGGUGAAGCUCCUAAAAUCGAAGUUGUGCUUGACGAAAAGGAGAAACACAGAUUGGAGUUGUUGAAUCAUCUCCCUGCUCUUUCCAGAAUUCAAAACAUUUAUGAUUUCGAACAUAUUGCUUCUAGAGUUUUGAGCGACCAAGCAUGGAACUACUAUUCAUGUGGUGCCGAAGAUGAAAUCACCUUGAGGGAAAAUCAUUAUGCUUACCAAAGAAUCUACUUUAAGCCAAAAUGUUGUGUCAAUGUUGCAGAAGUUGAUACCUCUCAUGAAAUUUUAGGUACAAAAGCUUCUGUUCCUUUCUACGUUUCAGCAGCCGCUUCUGCAAAGUUGGGGCACGAGGAUGGUGAAUGUUCCAUUGCUAGAGGUGCAGGUAAGGAAGGCGUCAUUCAAAUGAUUUCUUCCUUCUCUUCCAACUCUUUGGAGGAAAUUGCAGAAUCCAGAAUUCCUGGUGCAACACAAUGGUUUCAAUUAUACGUUAAUGAAGACAAGGAUGUUGUGAAGAAGACUUUAAAAAGGGCCGAAAACUUGGGUAUGAAGGCCAUCUUUGUCACUGUGGACGCUGCUAGUAGAGGUAAUAGAGAAAAAGACAUUAGAAUGAGAAUUACCGAAGAUACAGAUGAGUUAAUAGACGAUUCUUCUGUUAGAGCUGGUUCUACCUCUGGUGCAUUGCCAGCUUUCAUUGACAAGAGGCUGACUUGGGAUGAAGUUAAGGAUAUCAUUUCAUGGACCAAGUUACCAGUUUUGCUGAAGGGUGUUCAAAGAACUGAUGAUAUUGAGAAGGCAAUUGAUAUUGGUUGUAAGGGUGUUGUCUUGUCCAAUCAUGGUGGUAGACAAUUAGAUACUUCUCCUCCUCCAAUAGAAGUUAUGGCUGAAUCUGUUCCAAUCCUAAAGCAAAAGGGUAAACUGGAUCCAAAUUUCAGUAUUUUCGUUGAUGGUGGUGUUAGAAGAGGUACAGAUAUUUUGAAAGCUUUGGCUAUUGGUGGCAGAGACUGUAAAGUUGCUGUUGGUCUGGGUAGACCUUUCCUUUAUGCAAAUACUGGUUAUGGUGAAAAGGGUGUCAGAAAGGCCGUGCAAAUUCUAAGAGAAGAAUUAAAGGCUGACAUGAGAAUGUUGGGCGUUACCUCUUUGAACGAGCUAGACGACUCUUACAUUGACACCAGAAGAUUACUAGGUAGAGAUGCUGUUAACCACAUAUACAACAACAACUACUACCCAAUGUCUAAGAUUCAAUUCAAAAACGAAAAAUAA